AUGGUGAAUCGCCUUAUGACAAACAAAGAUUGUGAUGUUUUCAUUAAUCAUAGAGGGAUUGACACCAAGAGGACUAUAGCUACCUUACUUUACGAUCACCUUUUGCGGCUGAACCUACAACCUUUCUUGGAUAACAAGAACAUGAAACCUGGGGAUAAAUUGUUUGACAACAUCGAUAACGCAAUAAGGAAUUGUAAGGUUGGUAUUACUGUUUUCUCACCAAAUUAUUGCAAGUCCUACUUUUGCCUUCAUGAAUUAGCUCUUUUCAUGGAGUCCAAGAAGAAGGUUAUCCCAAUCUUUUGCGACAUUAAACCUUCACAACUUCGUGUUGUGAACAAUGGAAAUGUUCCAGCGAAGGAUUUACAGAGGUUUAAAUUGGCUCUUGAGGAGGCAAAAUACACCGUAGGGCUCACGUUCGACUCAUUAAAAGGGAAUUGGUCGGAUGUGGUGACAAAUGCUUCGGAAAUUGUUAUCGAAAGCUUGAUCGAGAUGGAAAGCGAGAAGCAGAUGGUUAAGAGCUUGAAAAAUACUCCAAUGACUCUUUGACUCGGACUCACAGUUAUGCUGCCGCCAUGAUUUU